AUGGAGGAGUUGGCAGGGCAAGUGUGUGGCUGGUCACAGGAAUUCUUAGCUGGUGGCUUUUCCCCUUGGGUUUUGGAAUCCUACAUGGCUGCUGAUGGGAAUGCUCUUGUUCCCUUGCGUCAGAAGACCAAACAGAAAAGUCAAGAGAUUGUUGUUAUGAGUCGACGGAGGAUAUCGUGUAAGGACCUGGGACGAGCUGAUUACCAGGGGUGGCUCUACAAGAAAAAGGAAAAAGGACCUUUCAUUGGUAACAAAUGGAAAAAGUUCUGGUUUGUGCUGAAGGGGUCAUCAUUAUACUGGUACAGCAGCCAAUUGGCAGAGAAAGCUGAAGGAUUCAUCAACCUGCCAGACUUCACUGUGGACCGAGCGAGUGAAUGCAAGAAAAAGUAUGCUAUUAAGGUCAGCCACCCACAGAUCAAGACAUUUUAUUUUGCAGCAGAGAAUGUGGAGGAAAUGAAUAGGUGGCUAAAUAAACUGGGGCUAGCUGUAAUUCCUCAGGCAUCCAAUGGAAAGAAUGAAGAAGAAUGCUAUAGUGAGAGUGAACAUGAAGAUCCAGAAAUAGCAGGAGAGACUCCACCCCCUCCUUACACAGAACAGCCACCUCCUCCUCAUUUGGCUCAGCAGCAGCCCUUGUUGAUCUCGCCUCUAUCAAGUGAAGCAUCCUGUUCUCUCUCCUCCCUGGAAAGCACCAUGAAGUCACAAGGUUCCUCAUCUUCCUUGCUAGCCAAAAUGGCUCAUCCAGAGAGACAGUCUUGGCUUGACAUAGUUAACACGGAAGAGGUUGAUCAGCCUUUAUCCUUCUGUGUCCAGACUCAUGAUGAUGAUCAUCCAACGGCAGACUGUAGUGAAAUGGCAGAAAGCCAGCUUCUCAGAUCUAAUAAUGGAUCUCAGAACUCUUUAUUAAGUGAAGACACAACUUCAUCAGACAGCAGCAGGGAUCGCCUAACUGUGCCAGAAGAUUUGAUAGGAGCAAGGACACUAUCCAAAGAACAGGCAAAAUGCUCCGAAGACGAAAUGGAGCGACUUUACAAGUCAUUAGAACAAGCAAGUUUGUCUCCCAUCGGGGACCGUCGACCUUCAACCAAAAAAGAGCUCAGAAAGUCCUUCGCCAAACGGAGCAAAAACCCCUCCAUAAAUGAGAAACUCCACCAAAUCCGAAUGCUGAAUAGCACAUUAAAGUGUAAAGAGCAUGACCUGGCCAUGAUUAACCAAUUGCUGGAAGAUCCUGAGCUGACGGCAAAGAAGUAUAGAGAAUGGAAGAAUACAAACACCAUGUUGGUCCAAGAGAUCUAUCAGCAGCACGAUGCCCUAGCUGUUGUGGAAGGGAAUAGCAAGGAACCAUAGAUGAAUCCACCACCUUUCUUUAAUUGAAAAUGCUAUCUGAGGACAGUGGAACCUGCAGUACAUAACAGGAUUCCUCCCUGUCCCUCUUUACCUCCUGAUGCUUUAAGCUACUACAGUUUCAGGUUUUGUUUUUUCCAAGUGCUUAUCUCUUCCCCUUUAAAAGAAAAACAACCCAUUCUCCAAAGCAUUAUUUCCUCUCUCCAAACUCAUUUCAUGCCAAUAAAAUGGAACCCCAAAAUUAAAAAAAGAUGCCCCCUCUGGGUACAUGUCUGAGGCAAACAUUAUCUGAAGCAGAGAGGAAAUGGAUUGACAUUCAGGAAUGGCUGAUCUUUCAUCAGAGGUAAACUGAGCACACACAGACCUGAAAGUCUCAGAGGAAUGUACAUAUUGUAGAUACUAGACCUUCGGGGUCAUUUUAUUCAUGUAACCUAUUGAUGGAAGGAACUUUUUUAAAGCUAUGAUAAUGCUAACAGGAUACAAUCUUCUCUCCUACCACUUGUCUCUUCAAGACAACUACAAGUAAGAACUUUUAUCUCUACUUACAUUUGUUUUGACUGCAUUACUAUGUAAACGGUGGCAACAAGGAUAAUGAUUAUGCAUAAAUCUGAAUUUUAAAUAAUUUUCAAGGCACCCAGUCAAUGGACACCAUAAACAUUUCCUAAUUGUGUACGGACAAGAUCAAGAUGCUGUUUUCCCACGUCAUCUGGAGAGGGUCCCUUAAUGUGUGUUGGUGACAAAUAAAUUUGUUCUUCAAUGCGGAAACUCUGUCUCAUCAAGUUUCAACUUUUCUUAUGGAAUAUAGGACUCAGUAAAGGACAAUUUUCUGCUUACAUAUUUUUGAUAGUAGUGAAUACGUAAAGUACAAGUUCAUCUUGAAUUCAUAGUCAUAAUAAUAGACCUUUUACAGCGCUUUUAAUCAGUAGAACACAAAAUGCUUUACAAAGGAAGUCAGUUUAUUAUCCCUGUUUUACAGGGGAAACUGAGGCACAGAACAGCAGUGACUUGGCUGAUGACACUCAGCACGCAGUGGUGGAGCUGGGCAGAUCCAAACAUAUAAAACAUAGUUGAUUAUAUUUUUUUUUAAUAUGUGUCACUUUAUGGCUUAUGUGAAUGUGUGACCAUGUACUGUAUAUAUUUUUAUUUAUAUAUUUAUGUACUGUACAUUUUCUACUGUAAAAAGGACCACAUGUUAUAGAUGAGAUUGUUUAUCUGUUGAUUUCAAGAGAAAUGCCUGCACAGUCUUCAUACCCAAAUAUAAUUAAUAUACAUUUAUAUUAUUCAUACCAUUCCAAAGUUACGACACAUUGGGAGUUGCAUUGUAAGCUUUAUUUUUGAGUACCUUGCUUCUACUUUUUGACCUCAGUGUGAGAUUUGGUUGAAAAUUUCACUGUAUAUUCUAGGGUAGGAAAAUAUUUUUCUAUAAAAUUUCAUAACCCCAGGUGGCAUGGUUUCAUAACCCCAGGUGGCAUAGUUUAACUAGUAUGUUAAUCAAAUAAAAAAUUAACACAUUGUUUUGCUGCAAUGGGUCAUAAUUUUCAGCCUUAGGUUUCUCAGCACAGGAUACACAUUUGAACUCCCAAUUGGAUGUUGAAUUGUCUAUACAUGUGCAGUAUAGUUUGAUUUGCACAUUUCAGCAUAUGUGACUUUGUAAAGUCACUGAGUUUUAAGAAAUAUUCCUCCUUAUUAAAUGGAUCCCCAGCACAGGAACUAGCAUUUAAAGAUAUACACCCAAAUACUCUGGUGUGAAGGAGAUGCACUCCAGUUAGCCAGUGUGUAAAGAUGUUCUCAAGAGUUUUUGGACUCAUCUAGCUUUAAAGCAGAAUACGCUAUAAAUAUCAAAAAAUCAUACAUGUUCAGAUAUUGACCCAUGUGUAUGCAUAGUGUAGAUUAUUAGAAUUUUGAUUAUGAAAAAAAAUUAACCAUCUUCACUGGAACAGAUUGGAUUUCCUCCACUUGCUUAGCAAUUAGUUUUAAUUGCUUGGAAAUGUUUCAUUACUAAGCAAUUAAUGUUUUAAGAUCUAAACCCUUAGCUGUAUCCCAGAACAUCCAGGAAAUGUUGGAUCAUUAGAGAUGGGUUGGACUUGGGAAUUGAAUGCAGCAGGAAGGCUCUGAGUUUUGGGCACUUCUGGCAGCUGGUAAAUCUACUAAAAUUUGAUUGAAGGGAGCCAUGCCUAGGUGGACUGUAUAAGUUCCCGUGAAGCAGGUUUUCCCUUCUGCAGAUAUUAGCGGGAGGAGAAGAGUGGACUGAGGGAUGGAGAGACACAGGAGGCAAAAACAGGAGGUGGUUGGAUGCUGUGGCUCGGAAGUAGGGUUAUAUUUGAGAUACCAGCACUGCCUCAGGACUGGAACUUGGGAGUGGGACUGGUUGUUGAGUCCGCGUUAGUGCUGGACUAUGGAGAGCUGUAGCUAGAGAACAAGGACUAGCUGGGGACUGGAACUGGGUGGUAAGAACUAGUAUAGGAAUCAGAGAAGGAAACUGAAACAAUCACUGGGCACAUCUGUUAAAAAUAAAACCACAAAAUCUUUUAACUAAACCUUCUAAACUAUGGAAACCACAAGCUAAGUGAUGUAAAUAGAUCUGACAUCAGCCUUUCCCAUCCAGACCAUUCUCUUGAAUUGCACUUAGCAACCUUAACUGUAACAUGAUGAAGGUUUGUUUGUUUUAUGUCUAAGUGUGUGUGUGUGUAUAUAGAUAUAUAUAGAUUCUCUUGUGUUAAGCAACAAUACUGAAGGUUUUUUGUUCUUUUUUUGACAGUUGCACACGGACAUUAUGCAGCCAAAGCUGUAAAAUACUUCAGGAACUUAAAGAAAAUUCUGUUUAAGAGAAAUCAAGAAAAUAUUGACUUAUGAAAUUAAGGAAUUCCUCAUUAUGUUUUUAGACUUUGUGCAUAUUUUUUUCAGUUGUUCCUAGUGAACAACAAAAUUCAGAUUUUUUUUUAGCGACAUUUAUUAUUCUGGUAAAAAAUCUUUCCUUAAAGCUAAUCAUCCGUCAUUUUGUAAAGUGUGCACCCACUACCCAACAAACAAACUAUGCUAAACCAAUAUUUUCACUUACACUUAGAAUAUUUCCUCAUUUCUGAAAAAAAAGUCAAUUGUCAAGAUUUUAGACAAUAAGUACAUUUUAAAAAGAGCCUUAAAAUAAACUAAACUUGGAAGGGACAGAUCUUCACCUGUAGGCAUAGAGUGCCUGGUGCAGUGCCCUUUGGACUUCCUGAUUCUGGGGCUGCUCUGUACCAGGCCACAGUCCCAAGAUCCUUUCACCUUCAUCAGCUGCCAAUGGCCCCAUAUGGCAACCAGGUUUAUGGAAGCUCAAAAUAGUAGACCUUGUUCCUAGCCACACCCUCUACACUGACAGCCAGAGUAGUUGGUGUGGGAGUCAUACAGGAGCUCUGCACCACUCAAGGAUAUAUCUAUCCAGGAGAGUCACUUUAGGGGCUUGAUCUGCUGAGUUUAGGGCCGCUUUCCACUGGGAAAGUGACACCAAACAGCUGGACCUCAGUCUAGUAACUUGGCCAAAGCCUUGGAAAAAUAUAAAGACAAUGCAGAAAUUUGUUGCACAUUUUAUAUAUAUAUAUAUGUGUGUGUGUGUGUGUAUUUGUAUUUGCCUAACUUUUUCAAUUCUGUUUUGUUACAGUGUUCACUCAGUAUGGAAUAAAUUCAUUCCACCCCAACCCUCUGAUACAUGCUUUGGUCAUAUAAUUAGUUAUUCAAACUGAGCCCUUCUAGCCUUAAAGUCUACCGAUGAUGUAAGAUUUUAUUGUCAGUACGUUUUUGGCUUGACAGACAAAAUUACCUCCCAAAGUGCAUGUGAUGAACUUGAAAUUAAAUCAGCUGGAUAAUACCAACAUAGGGUGAGCUGCAAGGCCCAUCCACCACAUCAGUCCCAUGCAAGCCCUUGAAAUAAUGUUAAGUGGGAUAUAAGUCGUGGCUAGGCCUUGUAUGGGCCCUCUGCAUAGGAGUGGAUUUUACCUAUGGAGAACCCAUGUGUAUGUGUAUUCGGAAGUAAAACAAAUAAUGUAAAUGAUUAGCAUACAACUGAGAGUGAGAAUUAAAUUGUUGGCUUUAUAGCAGUACAGACUCCAGUGAAGAAAGACAUUUAUCUACUAAUUAGCGUCUCAUGGCUGACUUAUCUGUGUAUAUAUUUUUUCACCUGUAACAUUUUUUUUUCUUUUUUUCUUUUAUUAGCUGUAAUGAUUCCACCAGAGAGUGGACUGAAAAGUUGUCAUUGGUCCAGGACUGAAUGAUGACAGCCUUGUGCCGCAGACAGAUGUCAUGGUUGCGGGGGGGG